CCCUCUUCUACCACCCUCGUACCUUCUGGAAAGCCUACCAAGGGAUUAGGGUUUCUUCACCCUUCCUUUUCGAAACCCUAAGCGUAGUCGUAGCCGAGGAUUUUAGCCAUGGAGCCCGGCGGGCAGGGCUUCGCCGGAGGUGUCGGAGACCGCGAUGGGUUCCACCGCAACGAGGCGAUCUCCGCCGUCCAGGACGAGGAGCAGUUCUACGGGGAGGACGACUACGACGACCUCUACAACGAUGUCAACGUCGGGGAGGGCCUUCUCCACUCCGUCCAGCGGGGCGACGAGCCCAGGGGGUAUCCGAGGGAGGAGGGGAACAGGAUCAACCCCGCACCGCCGCCGCCCCCGCCUGCGCCGGUCCCGCCGUCCGGAAAUGCGCCAGAGAAGGUCCAGAUCCCCGGGAUCGCUGGCGAGCCGAAGAUCGAGAGACCAGUGGAUGGAUCUGGUGGUUUUCAUGAGCAAGGGUUCAGGGGAGGCGGGGAGUUGGCGGCGGCGGCGCGGCCCCCAGCGCCGCCGCCGGCUGGAAGUAGGCCCGAGUUAGGGCAGUCUUCUGGUCGACCCGGUGGGUUCCAGGGGCAAACGGGGAACUCUGGAUAUGGGAACGAGGGUUAUCGAAGGCAAGGGAGUGGCUUUGGAGGUGAGGCGAGGCAGGGAGGAGGCGGAGGAGCGGCAGUGGGAGGAGGGAGCGUUAAUGGAGGAGGAGAAGGAGCUGGGGGGACUACUCUCUUCGUCGGGGAGCUUCACUGGUGGACAACGGAUGCUGAUCUCGAGGCAGAGCUCAGCAAGUACGGGCAGGUGAAGGAGGUGAAGUUCUUCGAUGAGAAGGCGAGUGGGAAGUCGAAGGGGUACUGCCAGGUUGAUUUCUAUGAUCCAGUGGCUGCAGCAGCAUGCAAGGAACGGAUGAAUGGGCAUAUGUUCAAUGGCAGGCCCUGCGUCGUGGCAUUUGCAUCCCCAGGCACUGUUCGUCGGAUGGGGGAUGCUCAAGUAAAGAAUCAGCAGAUGACAGCCCAAUCAUCAGGACUAGCUCAGAAGGGCAGAGGAGGGGGAGGGGCCCCAUCUGGUGGGAAUUAUGGGAGGGGUGGUGGUGGCAAUUGGGGGAGGGGUGGAAUGGGAAAUCGAGGACCGAUGGGGAAUAUGAGGAACAGGAUGGGGCCGGUAGGUGGCAGAGGAAUUAUGGGAAAUGGUGGGAUGGUCGCUCCACCUCCUCCAGUGCUACACCCUGGUGCCAUGCUUGGUCAAGGUUUUGAUCCAACUGGGUAUGGAGCAGCCAUGGGGAGAAUGGGUGGUGCAUAUGGAGGGUUUCCUGCAGGACCAACUGCAGCUCCAUUCCCAGGACUGAUGCCUUCAUUUCCACCAGUUGUGGCUCCUCAUGUGAACCCAGCCUUCUUCGGAAGGGGAGGGAUGGCUGCUGCUGGUGUUGGGAUGUGGCCGGAUCCCAGCAUGGGUGGAUGGGGAGGUGAAGAGCAGUCAAGUUAUGGGGAUGAUGCUGCUUCGGACCAGCAGUAUGGAGAAGGAAGCCAUGGGAAGGAUAGGGGUCCUGAUCGGGAUUGGUCGGGGGCUUCAGACAGAAGGCAUGAGAGGGAUAAGGAUAUGGGUCCUGGGCAGGAGUGGUCAGAAAGGAGGCAUCGUGAUGAAAGAGAAAUGGGUAGGGAGAGAGAUCGUGACUGGGACAGAGAUAGGGAGAGGGAGAGGGAGAGAGAAAGGGAGAGGGACAGGGAUAGAGAGAGGGAAAGGGAGAGGGAAAGAGAGAGGGAGAGGGAUAGGUAUCGGGAUGACAGAGAUCGCCAUGGGGAUCACUACAGGCACAGGGACCGUGAAUUGGAGCAUGAUGAUGACUGGGAUAGAGGACGAUCAUCAAGGCAAAGAAGCAAGUCGCGAGAGGUUGAGCAUUCAAAGAGGCGGCAUUUAUCGUCCGAGUAAGAUGGGACCUUAGUGAAUUUCUUAGGUAGGAAGGAGAUCAACAAUUCCUAGACAAGCAUGAUGUCAGUCUUAUUUAUGUUUUAGACUUAGUAGUUUCACGCCCAUGGAACACAUGUGCAGAGGAUGCUUGCAGGGGCCUGUUGUUGCUAUCAUUUUAGAUAUGACAUCAGAUAAACUUCUUUCUCCAGUUAUGGUGACUGGGUCAUCGUUUAAAAUUUCCUCUCUUGAUUUCAAUGUGAAGAGUCAUUAACAUGGUGAUUGGAUGUUUUGGAAGCAACUAUUGCAAAGGUGGUGUGGGUAUAAAGCUUUCUUUGCAAUUAGUCUUGAUCUUCAGUUAGCUUUACCUUGAAGUUGUACCCAUCAUCAAGUACCAUAACCAGCAAGCCAGAUCCCAUUUAUGUAAAAUUAGCUUUGUGAAUCUCAUUUCAUUUUUGUAGAAUUUGUUUCAUGUUUCAUUGCUAGAUGGAAGUGCUUGUGUUGUCUCUCAAGCUGUGGGAGGUAGUUGAUUUUGUUGGGGACCAUAUGAAUAUGAUGACGAUGCAAAAUUCAGUGUAUCAUGUAAAGUGAACUUCAAAAUUACUGCAACUCAGUGUAUGAUUAUUGCAUAACGUUUUUCAUGAAAA